CUCGAUCGCAUCACGCUGUUUCUCUUUCCACUCACAUCGACUUUUGACGUCUUCAUUGACCAAUAACCAGAAUGGAUGCAGCAACAGAGAGAGAGUAAGCGACGUCGAAAAACAUGGAUUCGAAUCCUCUUAUAAGUGCAGCCAUGGACCCGUCCAUCACGCUCUGGCAGUUCCUGCUGCACCUGCUGGAGGACCACAGCCACCGGCACCUCAUUUCCUGGACGUCCAGCGACGGCGAGUUCAAGCUCCUGGACGCCGAGGAGGUGGCCAGACUGUGGGGGCUCCGCAAAAACAAGACCAACAUGAACUACGACAAGCUCAGCCGGGCGCUCCGCUACUACUACGACAAGAACAUUAUCAAGAAAGUGAGCGGCCAAAAGUUUGUGUACAAGUUCGUCACCUACCCCGACCCGACAGCCGUGGAUGGGGUGCGGGUGGGGGAGGAGUCACAGCGGCAAGAGAGCCAAUCGGCGGACGCCAACCUGGGCAAGCCCGCUGGGGGCGGGGCUCCGGCCAGCCUAUCGAAGAGCCUGCAGGUGCAGCGCUCCUCCCCCAGCUGCGUCCAGCGCAGCUCCCGAAACGACUACAUGAAGUCGGGGCUCUACUCCACCUUCACCAUCCAGUCCCUGCAGACGCCCAAGGCCCAGAAGCCCAUUAAGACCGAGCUCUCGCUGCCCCUGGACGGGCUCCCCAAAAUGAGCAGCGCUGAGAAGGCUCUACCUGAGAUGCGCGUGUGCCCGGUGGAGGGGCGGAGCUCUCUGCUGGGGCGUGGCUGCAUGGAGAACAGCCUGCAGGUGAUCGUCACCCAGCCCUCGCCCUGCGCCACGCCCGCCCUCAGCCCCCAGACGCCCUCGGGCUCGGCCACAGGGAGCUCCGGCGCUCAGGUGCAGAAGGUCCCGAGCGCGGGGGACCCCCCUCAGAUCUACCUGACCAGCGUGUCCGACCCCGGCUCGCUCACGCCCCUCAUCCCGCUGGCGCCCGUGGCCAACCCGGGAGCGUCCGGCGACUGCGUUGUCUCCCCGUCCCAGAGCCACCAGGUGUUCGUGGUGAUCAAGCCGCCCGCGGCCAAGGAGCCCGGCCUGCCGUCGGAGGAGGAGCUGCUCGAGUUCGUGGGCCUGGAGAACAAGCGAGUGGAAGAGGUACCUGAGGCCACCAUUGUGCCAGCGGGGGGUGAAGUUCCCCCCUCGGAGGAAAUUCCUCCGCCCUGCGUUGAACCUGCCACCCAGCCCGUGGGGGAGGGGGAAGGGGACGGGAAAGACAAAGCAGAGCUACCAGAGAACUCCGUGACCCCGGCAGUCGCCCUUCCCGCCGCCACCACCCCGCAGGAAGCUCAGCCGCCAAAAGCCAAGAAGCCCAAAGUGCUGGAGCUGCCCUCGUCGCCCACCCUUCUGCCCCCGGGCCUGUCGCUGGACAAGGCCAACGCCAUGGUCAACAGCCUGCUGGCGCCGGGCAGCGCCACCAACACGCUGACGCCCACGGUCAUCACCUCGCACGCGCUGACCCCUGUCCUGCUGACGCCCAGCCCCCUCCCAUCCACCAUCCACUUCUGGAGCACGCUCAGUCCCAUCGCUCCCCGCAGCCCGGCCAAGCUCUCCUUCCAGUUCCCCUCCAACGGAAGCAAUCAGAUCCAUAUCCCAGCUCUCAGCGUGGAUGGGCUGUCCACUCCGGUUGUGUUGUCUCCUGGCCCACAGAAGCCCUAGGCCAUGGCCUUCUUCAUUCUCCCUGCCCCAUGGGGGGGGGGGAGGCGAAGGCGUGGGGGGGUGGGUGGGUUAUGGUCACUUCCCAGCUCAGCCUAGGGACCGUCAGACAGGAAGUAGCCUAGGGACUGCCAGACAGGAAGUAGCCUAGGGACUGUCAGAGUAGACGGACGGGCGGCACGCGUCGCCGCUGGAGCGUUCGGAGCGGGGGGCGAUGCGUCCAGUGCCGCCGUCUGAAAGGCCCGUGUGCCCGCUGGCACAUUGUGCCCCCCCCCUGCUGGUGCCCACCUCCUGUGCCUGAGUGGUGGAAGAGGGGCACACCGGGGGCUUUUACGGCACUGCGUCCCACUGGCGGUCUUACCUGCUCUAUGUCCUCUGCGGCAUUUCUUAUUAUUUAUUAUUUCUUUUUUUUAUUUUUUAUAUCUAAGCAGUAGAUAUGUAAAUGCGUCCUUCUCUCUCUCUCUCUUUGUUAUUGAAACUGCUGGGUUUUAUCAUCCUCCGGGGCUCUGAUCGACCUUGAAAACGGUGUCUUUACCAGCUUUUUUCUGUUUUGUUUAAAAAAAAAAAAGUAUAUAUAUAUAUACAUAUAUAUUUUUGGAGGAGUAUUAACAUGGAAUGCUUUUAUUCUGACAGUUCUCGCCCAUUCCAUCGUUUCUGCCAUUUUUGUUUCUUUGAUGGUAUUCAGAUGUCGAGCGGGGUGCGUUUGGAGUAACUCUGCGAGCCACGAGAGAGACGAAAUUUACAGGUGAAAUACGGACGACCGUGGCGAUGCCAUUCCGCACAGUGCACCCGUGUGCCCAUUCCUUUUUCCCGAAAGUCACGUUUUCGAAACGCCACGCAGGACUAAAAGAACCUCGUCUCUUUCUCGGUCGUGACGUUCUGUUCCUGGGUAGUUACAGCAUUUUUUUGCAAUCACGGAAUUUCUUUUUUUUUUUUUUACUUUCUUUUUUCUUUUUCUUUUUUGAACGAUGUGGAAGGAGUCAUGUUUUCCUGGAAACUGCGUAGCGGGGUGCGUUCUACAGCACGUGGAUGUUUUUCGAAGCUGCAAUGAAAGAAUUGAUAGUUUAUUUUUUAAGGAAAACUACAUGGGAUCGCGUUCCGAAAUUUGAAUUUUUCCAUUCUGCGUGUGUCCGGGUUUCAUUCCAGUCUUUCUUUAAUUAUUCCUCGUCCGUAUGACCGUGUGUUAAAGAAAGCACUUGGACAACAAUGUGUGCUCAUUUCCUGGAUGGAGUUGGGUCUAUGGAGUGUCCCGUACACGUGAAACUUUUCUAGUUUUAUGUUUUUAUGAAUACUUAGAGGAGACCAAAGCCAGCUGUUUUGAUGAAAUCUUAAAACAAUGUUUAUUUUUAAAAGCUACACUGUUUGCUGUCAUUCACGAAAAAAAGGGCUAUAAUACUCUUUAUUCUUGUAUUCUACCAAAUGCUGAAAUUUGAAAAUCCAGAGUUUACUUGAGUAGUGCAUUAGAGAAAAGAAAUCUCUGGGUUCUGGGUUGUACUUUCAUUGGAUGUAAGCAUAGAAUGAUAUAUAUUGUUGAAACUAUAUUUUAGAAGAGGGUAUUGUGUAAAAAAAAAACCAAACAAACAAACAAACAAAAAAAACCUGACUGUACUGACUGAAUUUACAUAAUUUGAAUGUUUUAAAAAAAAAUGUUAAUUGUAUAUUCAUGGUAUCUUCACUGGAUAUGCAAAUAUUUGCAAUGGCGGAUAGUGGAUGAUAGCUAUUUAAUAUUUUUCAUUCACACAAGACAUGUAGUUGAAUUGUUUGACUUGGUUGCAGUCCUAAUAUUGUGAAAUUUGCAAAUAAUACCAAUUAUCAUUAUUAUCUAUGUUAAAAAAAAAAAUUGUAAUUGGUUGCUAUUAGUAAAGAAAUGCCUGUUGCUUUUUUAAAAACAAAUAUUUGUAUAUCCAUGGAAGUACUGAAUGAAUAUUUUCAGCGUUAAAAAUUAUGCAGAUUUUUCCAAGUAUGUGAAUUUCAUUGUUUUUCUAAGCUUACAUUCCUGGUUUGGGGCUUGCUAGAUGCACUUGUUGUACAGAAUCGGUUGCAGAUACCACCGUGACAAAUGCAAUCGGUGUUCAGAGCUUCAGAUACAUGCCCCUCCGUUUAACAUGGGUAUUUAUCACAUGUUCUGAGCACUUGGUGAUUGGUCCAGCAUCAAAUGUGAUGACCUUUCCUAAAAUGUAAACUGGAGCAGAAUAGCCUGUUGAAACACGUGGAUGUUGACGGUUUCUUAGUGUACAAAUCCAAGGCAGCAUUUCCUUCUAGGUGCGCGGCGAUUAUGUUUCAGAGUUUGUGUUUCACACUUUGAGCUGGCAAUCUGCACAUCGAGGACAGUGAUGAUUAAUUGUUGCCGUUGUUACUUGGUCAUGUGACUGUGUCUAUGUGAUUAUGGAGAAUAUCUGAGUAAUUGUAAUUUUGUGGGUGGGGAUUCCAUUCAAAGUGCAAAGUUUUUACCUUAACUUUUUUUAUUUAUUUAUUUUUUACACGAAAUCCCCAUUUUGUCAUACCUGUAGCCGAAUGAAACAGGAAAAGUGACACAGUUUUAAUUUGCAAGCUAAGGCUAUGGCCCUUAAGCUUUGAUUGAAUCACUGUCUUGCGAUACAUGUACUCAACGCAAGGUGACCACCAAUCCAAAAGUAGUGUUUGACUGUUUGUAUUACCCUAUCUGUGAACCCGCGCUGACACUGGUUACAGAUGCACAUCCAAAGAAAUGUUCUAAUCUUUAUUAAUCUUCAGCUGAAAUGAUGUCAUUGCCUACGAAGCAGCACUUACAGAAUUGUAGACAGUUUUGGCACUUCUGGUCAUGUGACCAUCCAGCCUGUUUUUUUUUUCCCCCUCAUCUUGCUCCUCUCACCUUAUCUGGAGUAUAAACAUGGCCAUACUGAGAGGAACCAGUGAUUCAGCGUAUUGCACUUUACUCAUCAAAUCAACUCCAUCGGAUCUUUAAAGAAAGAGGACUUGCCCUGGAGAGAUUUCAGUCCAGGAUUUGACCAUCCCAGUUGGAAUUGUUGUAAGCCGUUAAUACGACCAUCAUAUAAAUGCUAGCAGUAGUCCAGUUUAAUUUAACCACACUUCGCUCCAUGCAUUUUGAAGCCUGUACACUCGAAAAUGAAUUUUGUUCUUAUCAUAAAAGUACAGAUGCAAGAGGAGCUGGGUUUGCUCCAACGCUGAAUAUCCUGUCCACCGUAUAAGGUGGAAGCAUCCGUUAUUAACCUAAUGAUCAUUUCAUUCUUGCACCAGCAAACUGUAAAAUAAAGAACGGAAGGUUAAAAGAAAAUCAAUUUCUAAAUCUGAUAUUUCUAAAGAGAUUCUUGGAGUGUUCAUUGACAGUGUUUUAAAAUGACAACUAAAUGGUUACUGGUGUAAGAAUUCUCUCUUAUAUCCUGAUCGCGUUCUGUUAAACUUGUUGGGAGUUUAGGGCAAAUUCUUACUGUAAAUUGCAAAUGUGUUUUUCUUAUGAGACUUUGCUGUUCUUAAAUGUUAAGUUUACAAGCACACUAGUAUUCUGAUGUUAACCGACAUAUUCAAGUACUCUACGACGCAAGACAUGCAAACACCAUAUUUAAAUAACCUUAGCUGGAAUAACCAGGUAUCCUGGUUAAUGACUAACCUGUGUAGGACAUUGUUCAAUUAAUCAGAAUAUGGGGUUAUGUAAACACCCUAAUCGAGAUAAUACCUUCCUGGAAAUGCUCUCGUCUUGAAUGUUUCGUUUUAAAAUGUUUAUGAAAGCGUUGUUGAAAAUAUUGAUGAUACCAGUUAUUUGAAGCAAGUUAUUUUAAGUGCAAAAAUGGCAUGGUGUAGCACAAAAGCAAAAGUCUUGCGAGUGUGAAGUUUGGUUCUACUUACUGUCAAGUAUGAAGAAAUACUAGUCGCCAUAAUAUUUCAUGGUGUUUGUAAACGGCUCAUUCAGAAUAUGACCCACCAGGGGAAGGACCAUCUGGAAUACUGUAUGCAUGUAAACAUUGCCCGUUUUGUAAAUAAAUUGAUUUGCAAGAAAAACUUUAAUGCUAACAACAACCCGAAAAUAUAUCUGUUGUUAAGUACCAAGGCCCUGCUAGCAAAGAAAUGUAAAAGUUUCCUAACGGCAUCAGACCAUAUCGAAAUCAGGUCUUGCAGAUAUUUAUUUUUUAUUUAUUUAUUUUUUGUUAUUUUGCAGACCCUCGUGUGAUUUUGGCGAAGGAGGCUUAGGAUCAGGUUGGAUCCACACAAAAACUUCAAAUGGUUAAAGCACCACCUAAAGAUAGAUGAAAGCAGUAGGGUCAUAUACUAAAGCCAAGUUGAUGUCUGGACUCAAAGCCAUAACAUCAUGUGUAUAUAACAAAAAUAUUUUAAUAAUCAUUUUUAAAAAAGAAAACAUUUAUUGAAAUGGCUGCACUUUUAAAACUGCUCCUGUCAUUUUGGGCAUUGUGAACUACCGUGUCCAUUCAUAUCAAGUAACAUUGUGCUCACCUUCAGGAUGUUUUCCCACCUUCUAAUGAGGUGCCAGAGAAUCUCAGGCUGUUCAUGUGUGUUAACAUAAGGCUUUUCACACACGCGCACACACACACACACACACACACAUUAAUGUGCCCUUGGCCCCGAUUGGCCGAAAUAUACCACAUGGCAAAUGUAACUGAGUCAGAGGAGACUGCAUUUAUGGUGAAGAGAAAACAGUGACAUGCCAUAUUUGAGCCACUAAAAAGUAGUCUUACAUUUUUAUUUAUGUUCCACGUAUGCGGUUAUCUCUGCAGGCCUUCUUGUUAAAUGUACGUUUUUUACCCACAUUAUUGGAGAGUUGCAGAAAAAAGAAAUCUCAUAAUCCGACUUUUAUCAGAUGUGAUAUAUACUUUUACUUUUCAUGAAUCCCAAGACCAUUGAAAUACACAAGGCCAUUGGAGGAUAAUGAUAAAUCUGCAUUUUCAAGGUGAUGAUGACCUGUCAGUAGCAUUGCUUUUAUCUGACGUGCAUGUCCUGCAAAAUAUGUAAAGCGUCUGUUCACUGCUGAGCAGUCACCCUUAACUCGAUCAUUGAUUGGUUGUGGAGCUUGAUUGGUUGAGUUAAAAACGAUUGUGGUUUUUCCACACCGAAGUCCUUUGUUCAUAUGCAGGUACAGUUGCUUAAAUGCUGUUGAGGGGCAACAAAUUGAAAUGGGAAAAAUUAUGUUUUUAUUUUUAAUUUAAUUUUUUUUAAAGGUAGGGCCCUUACUAUGGAAGAUAGCUUUGGUGUCACAUGACCUACGAUAGCGAGCCUGCUCACUGUGACCUUUAAAUUUAAAAUUAUUCUAGCCAUUCACAAAUGAAAUCUGAAUUCAGAAAUCCUGUAAUCCUAACUUAAAUGUUUAUAUGUAUGCUCGUGAAGUUGCUUUAUUUUUCUCUCUGAUAAAAGCCUUGCUUUGACACACGAUGCAUUGUUACCGCUGUUGUGCUUUGUGUAACAGGAGCAUGUGACUCUUUCUGUUCCAGAGUUUGUAAAAUUUCCUUUUUUUAGCACCUGAUCUUUGAUGUAAGUACUGUAAGUGUAUUUUACAUAGUUAUUUAUAAAAUCCCUUCUCUAGUAGGAAUGAGUAAAGAUCUAUUUUAAGCCUAUAAUUAGGCAGCCCUUCCUCAUGCCUCGGAGGUCAGAUAAUUAACAUUUGACACUUGCCAUUAAAUACUGGGUCUGAGAUUGUGGCUUUGAACGGUGUACUGUAUAAUUUAUUUCAAGGGAAAAGCUUCAGGAGUUUUUUUUUGAAGUACACUAAAACAAAGCUAAUGUGAGUAAGACUAAGAUGCAUGUUGUACAGUACAGCCAAUAUUGCGAGGAGAACAAGUUUAGAUUUAUCUCUAGUUCUGGUUCUUAACCCCUGGAUUUAAAAACGAGUAGCCCUUCAAAUCAGCAUUUUUCACUGUAAUAUUGCUGCAAACUCUCCUCUGUCCUCUACCCCCUUUAUAAGCAGGUGACACUUCUUUAAUGGCAAGCAUUACUGUGUCCUCCUGUUUUCCAUUAUUUACAUGCGCUCUGUUCUCUUUAAUAGGCCCGAGCAGUGUUUUAACUGUAAAAGGAGUCUGGAACGGGAUGUCACGUCAUUAUACCGUAUUAACAGUUGACUGUUGUUGCUGCUUAAAGGUUAGCAGGUAUUGCAGGCAAGCCAGGAACCCCAUAUCCCAAUUGGCGUCAAUGCAAUUUGGUCCUUUCAGCACUAGUGGCUGCUUUCUGUAAAUACAGUACAAUCAAUUGUCAGGUUAUACUGAAGCCCUUUUCAAGACUGUUAAAAUACUUAUAUCACUAUUGUAAGCCGCCAUUCAAAAGAUGAAACCAAAGCCUUAAUGAUUGGAGAAUAAUAUUUUGUUGAUGUUUGAUUGUUUUUUUUUUUUGUCCUUGGGUGGAAAAAAGUGACGUUUUUCUUUAUAUAUUUUUAAAAUGUAUAAUUGUCCACUCACUCAACGUAUUAGAGUAUUUUAAUUACAUCAAAGGCCACAAUUCAAAAGGAGUUGAGGACAGUAAACGAAGUAUUGUCCACACAAGUAAAGUUAUGAUGUUGGCAUUUUUCAAAAAUACUGUUUGAAAGAAUCGGAAUUAAAAAUGUGUACAUUUAUUUUUAAUAUAUGCAAAAUUUUAAAAACUCUGUAGUGGUUUAAUUGUAAACACAGGAAUUUGACUUCUACCUAAAGUUAGAUGGAGGGUUGCUGUGUUAAAAAUGGUAGAUGAAAAUCUUUUUUUUAUGUUAAAUAAUUUAGACUUUAAUGACCCUGCACAACUAGUAAGACCACACUGAAACACUUCUGUUGACAGAUCAUUGUACAUGAACAGCUGGACAAAAAAAAUAAAAUAAAUUGCACUGUUCUUCAAGGUGGCAAUAUUGGUCAUACAAUUAUGGUUUGUUGUACAGAUCUAUCCUUGGGUCUCCCAAUUUGUAUUCCAGUGUCUGGUUUGGUUUUAGACAAUUAAUUAUAAUUGUAAACAUAUAGCUUACUCAUGUAAAUGAACCAUAUCAAUAUUUAAGGUCCUGAUCACAUGACAGUUGCUAUGUUUUUUAAUCUUUUUUUUUUGGGUGGGGGGGAUCUUGGCUCAUUGAAUUAUUACAUGCUAAAUUGCAUUUUCACGGUCUCUACAUUCAGUAGCAAAUACCACAGCAAUGGUAAACGACUCUAAUGGAGGACUUGUAGAAGCACCAUUGUAUAGAUCACCAGCUAAGAUUUUUGGAAACAAGAAAAUACAAUUAAAAUUUGUUUGUUUAAAAGCUUUCCUUCCUAAGCAGAGAGCUUGUGUUGAUACUAACUUUGAUUGUUUGUGGUCUAAAAGCCAGCACAACGUGUUGUUUCAGCAUGUAAGUCUUGUAUAUUCUGAUGCGGUAUUUUCCCUGUGUACUGUUGAGCACAUUAGCAGUAGAAUAACGUAGAGUGAAGCUUAUCAUUAUGGACCCGGGCCAAAUCUAAAUGGACGCUUUAUAUGAUUUUUAUUUGUAUUUGUUUUUUAUUUUUAGACUGGCCUCAUUCACCAAACACUGGAUUUGCUUUCUAACAUUCCAUUAUAGUCACCGGAGGUGGAAUGCAUAAUGAAUCAUUCUUUUGGGAUAUCACACAUUUGAAAUUUCAAUUAGUUUAUGUCUAUUAUUACACAGAAGGCUUUGGUCAGACACCUCAUGUCAAAAUAACUGAAUUAUGAGCUAUAGUAUCUGUUUUUUUCUUUUUGUAAGUACAUACAUAUUCUUCACACAAAACGCGCUGAAUCUAAGGAGACUGACUGAUUUUUUCUUCUUCUUCUUAGGCUUUAUAUUAUGUAAUAGAAUCUAUAUUGUAUGGCUUUGUAUAUUAAGAAUGUAUUUUUUCUGUGUGUGGAGAAACUUGAUGUAAACGUCUGUGCAAAUAUGUCCAAUAAUUCUGGCUUCAAUGAGUAAAAUGACAGUUUGAUUAAACAUUAUUUUCUGUUGCAUAACUUUGCAGAUGUGCAUACGGUCUCCUCCCUUUCCCAGUCGUACCAUGACCUCUGGGGAUUUAUUUACAAAAGGGAGGGGUCGCUUUUAUUUUUUAAUGAUUUCUCAAUAUAUUGUACCUACUGAAAAAGAGACAAAACUAUUUUUAAUCUGCACUGUCUACUUUGUUUAUAUAUGUUAAAAACAUGAAUAUUGUUUUCUAAAAAAAAAAGAAAAUAUAUAUAUAAAAAAAACUGGAACUGACAUUAAAAAAAAUUAAAUAAAGUCCUAUUUUGUUCUUUAAAAUUGCUCUGAUGUUGUUUCCUUAUUAGUGUAGUUCUGGGGAAAGUUUGUAAAAAAAGAAAAAAAAGCAAGACGUUGUCAUGGCAACUCGCGGUUAUGUUCACUGCUGUGAGGUGGUUAAAUGUUACAAUUGCAAAUGCAGGCUGGUGAAAGGGUAAGGAAGCAUUGAUUUCUGUGUCCAUGGCCUAAAGGUCUUGCUGCGCACUGACCUGGUCCCUAUAAAUAGUGGUGGGGACCUGCCGCGCGUCCGAGCAUUGCUUCUCAUUCAGACCCAGAUUUCACCAUGGCACUGAGUGUGAUUAGGCCAAUCUGGAGAAAGACGCGUGUUUAGUAUCUUGAUGUUAAAAGUGGCCGUCAUAUAAUAAUCCAUUGCAGUUUUGCAUAUUAUUAACCACUGCCGCAACACAGAGUCUGGUGCCAGCUAAGUAAUUGAGAAAAUCACCACCUCAGUUUGUUUGUUGAUAGAAAGCUAGGCUUCCCACUUAAUCCUCCCGAAAUUAGAUGCUGUCAAGUGAGAUUCCGUUCUGUUUCUGUACUGUAUCGAAGAGAGAGGGGUAAAUGUGUGUGUCAACUGAGACUUCAUUAUAUUUUUGUUUGUUUAUGUGUGUGUGUGUGUGUGUGUGUGAGAGAGAGAUAAAGAGAAAGAGUGAGUGAGUGUGAGAGAGAGGAGAGAGAAGAAAAAACAUCUGCAUGGAUAGGGUAUAUACAAUAUGUAUGAGCUUGCUGUUAUCUUUGCAAAUCUACCCGGGGUAGGUGUGUUUUGGUUACUAAAUUUGAGGACUCUCUAAAUCUCAUGCACUUGAAAAAUUGCAGCAGUUGUCCUCCAAGUGUUCCUGUAGGCAUUAUGUGUCCUGCGAUUGUUAGGCCAUCAGCACAGACAUGGCCAAUUAUGCAAUUAGGGACCAAUUGUGGAGUGUGCAUUUGAUUUAAGAAAAAUUGAUAAAAUGACACUUACAGAUAAUUAUGGAGGAAGUGAAAUGUGGACACAGAAACUUUGACUGAUGGGAGUAAACCAAUAUCCCGCUGGUCAUGGAUGUAUGCAGACAGAUUUUAUUUGUUUUUCACAAUUUGCAACUGAUCUUUAAAAGCAGAGGAGAAGAGAAGAUGGAGUGGACUGCCACUUAAAGAUGCAUAAAUGCG